AUGUCCAAGCUAGACAGUCACGCAUCCAAUGAUCCCAAUCCCACGAUAUGGUCCAUUGAUUCAUGGACGCAACAGCUGCAGCGAAGAAAGGUCAGGUAAGUCUAGGGAAAAAUUUGCUCUAAACCCCCAAAUCUUGCCUUCACAAAUUGAAGCCUGGGAGGGAGCAAAUUCUGCUCUGGAAUUAGGUAAGGUAAGGUGACAUCUACUUCAACAACAAAAAAAAUUCUUCAUCCUUUUGUUGCAGAAAUGUGGAGCAACCUUCCUUUUGAUCUUCUAGCCAAAAUCUUUUCCUUCCUCUCACCGGAUUCCUUGGCACGUGCCAGGUCAGCUUGCCGGCGCUGGCACACUUGUGCCAAGAGUUACCUCUUGACCAGUUCAUGGCCGCAACACCAACAACCUUGGUUCUUGGCUCUGCCCACCCGCAACCGCGGCCAAUGCUGUUAUGCUCACAAUCCAGUUACCGGAAAUUGGCACAUGCUUUCCCUUGAUUUCUUCCCCGUCCCGGUCCGACCUGUCGCCUCAAUCGGCAGUCUCAUCCUCUUAAGAUCCACAAAUUCUACGAUUCUCCAGCUCGCCAUAUGCAACCCUUUCACCAGAGAAUUCAGGCAGCUCCCAGCGUUAAACAUCACCCGGACAAAUCCAGCCGUGGGAAUUGUCUUGUUGGAGUCGGGACAACAUGGUAAUUCUCUAUGCUUUAUGAUCUACGUGGCAGGCGGGAUGUCCGAUGCACCACGAGGCGGUGCCACGUAUGAAUCGACGUUAGAGAUGUAUGACUCGAGGGACGGCACGUGGCAGAUCGUGGGGCCCAUGCCAACAGAGUUUGCGGUGAGGGUAACGGUAUGGACACCUAAUGAUAGUGUCUACACUGAUGGGGUCCUGUACUGGAUGACCUCAGCCAGGGCCUACAGCGUGAUGGCCUUGGAGAUAGGGUCCAACAGGUGGCGAGAGCUGAGCGUGCCACUGUCUGACAGGUUGGAAUUCGCCGCCCUGGUGCGGCGGAACGGGAGAUUGACACUGGUUGGCGGGAUGUUAGACGGAGGAGAUGGGUGUAUAUGGGAGCUGGAAGAGGGGGAGAAAUGGGUCUUAAUUGAGAAUGUGCCUGUUGAAUUGGGAAUGAGACUUACAGGUGGGAAGAGUUGGGGAAGUACAAAGUGUGUGGGAAGUGACGGAGCAAUUUGGUUGUACAGGGAAAUUGGGUCAGGAAUGCUAGUUUGGAGGCAAGCAGAAGGGAAAGGAAAAUGGGAAUGGGUUUGGGUUGAAGGGUGUUGUUUUGUUAGGGGGAAAAUGGUGCAGAAUCUGAUUAUCAAAGGUGUGUUGCUUCAGCCAAAUCUUGCUAAUUCUUCGUGCCUUAAUUGUUAGUUCUGAGCAACUGAUGUAUUCUUGAUUUUAUUUUUAUUAAUGUAUAAUUCUUCGGAUUCUCUAUAUCACAAAAAAAAGAAAAAAAAAAAAAACCCUUCGGAUUCUCGUUGGCUUACGUUUAUUGAACGAAAUUUUUUUUAAUAUAAAUCUCAAAAUGUA